CAGAAAAGAGGAGGGGAUCAUUAUUUUGAAUUUGGCUAAACGGAUCCUCUUUGAGGUUGCACACGCAGUGGGCUCCCAGUCUAUCUCCCAGUCUCUUUCCAUUUGGGGUGGUCAAUACUCAAGCAGGUUUAUUAAUCCUGAAGACCUCAGUGUGUUAAGCUUUGCCACCACCACAGUGCCUCUCAGGAUGCACAGCUUUAUGGGAGGGGGUCUUUUCUGUGCCUUCGUGGGCAACAUCCUGUUGGUGGUCUCCACGGCGACGGACUACUGGAUGCAGUACAGACUGUCUGGCAGCUACGCUCAUCAGGGCUUGUGGAGAUACUGUAUGUCUGGCAAAUGCUACACGCAGACGGACAGUAUUGCUUACUGGAAUGCAACGCGUGCCUUCAUGAUCCUCUCUGCAAUGUCGUGUUUUGCGGGAAUCAUCGCAGGCAUCCUGUCCUUCGUGCACUUCUCCGCCUUUGAGCGGUUCAACCGUUCCUUUGCAGCAGGGAUCAUGUUUUUUGUUUCCACUCUCUUUGUGCUGCUUGCCAUGGCGAUCUACACCGGUGUGACGGUGAACUUCCUAGGAAAACGCUUCGGCGAUUGGCGUUUCUCCUGGUCCUACAUACUGGGCUGGGUCGCUUUACUCAUGAACUUUUUUGCAGGUAUAUUUUACAUGUGUGCCUACAGGAUGGAUGAAUGCCGAAGAGUGGUUGGCCCUCGCUAAAUUGAAAACGAAGCAAACACUGAAGUGCCUAAACAUUCAUUGUAUCUGUCUGGAUGUCUGAAUAUUAGGGGGGGGGGGGUACUGAUCAGGUACUUAAGACUUAAGAUAGGAAGUUGUCUGUAAUACACCCCUAGAUCUUAAUUUAAAAGUAACAGUAAACGUUGAAGCCAAAGAUGGUGCAGUUUUUCUGUAUCUUUUAGCAGCAUUUAUUUAGCCUCUGUCUGAAACCCACAUCAAUAUAAUAUGAAAUAAUAAUUUAAGAUGAAGUGCAAAUUAAUCCCCAAUCCAUAAUAAAAACUCAUGCAAUCAUAUUUCAUCCACAAAGUGACAAAAAUCUCCAAUAAAAUGAAAGACUAUUCUCU